AUGCGUGUGAUGCCUCUGCAUCCGUAUAUUGAUGGCUUCUGGGGUUAUUGUCGUUCCAAGUUGGGAAACAUUCUCUCCACGAGAGAACUCACUCGUCGAGUCGAGCAAAAAGGCUCCGAAGCUGGAAACAUCUACGUCAAUGCUUUCUUUUCUGGGAACAUCGCCACAGAGCAGUGGAAGGCCUGGGACGAGUAUGUAGAACUUACUCUCGGUGCAAUGUCCCCUUACAUCUUUUCAAUCAUCGGGCAAAGUACCCAAGACAGCGCCGCCACUGCCAUCUAUCUGGCUACAAGCGAUCGGAUUCGUCUCGAUGGUAUUAGCGGCCAAUACUACAUUCCUACUGCCAAGCCAGACGCGGACGACUGA